AUCAACUCAGAGAUUCAAUGCUACUGUUUGACAUAUAUGUACAAGCAGGCGUAGCGCACCAGCAUACUGAAGCACAGCUUGAAUCACCAAGUCUUCAUAACCAGCCCAAAACUGCAGGAGCUUUGCAUCCCUGUCGAGCGCAAUUGAAGCUUUUGGCAUCAAACGUCCCAUUACAUGUUCUAAGAACAUCAUGUUCCCAAAUACUGCCUCCGAGCGUUAGUUUCUGCGUGUAGAAUUGGCGUGGUGUGCAGCAAGUAAUAGACAGAACAUUUCACGUAGACGUCGGAGGAGAAUGGAGAACAAGCAAGCAGAAGUCGACGGAUUCCAGCUCAGCCUCGACUUACGAGAGCAGUUGUUACAAACGUUUGGUCGCGAUAGAGAUCUUUCGAUCCUCACGCCGUUGCUACAUAAACUCCCAGUGCUCAAGGACGCCUAUGUGGACGUAGACCUCAAGCUGAAGAUUUUGCACUUUGCAGCUUGGGCAGGAGACGUGGAUCUCGUCCGGAAACUCAAGAACGUAGAGGCGGACCCGACUGCAAAGACGGAAGGUGGGUACACUGCACUGCAUCUGGCUGCAUCCGGGGGCCAUUGUCCCGUUAUUACGGAACUGCAGAGCUGGCUGGGACGUUCAAUUUCUGUCCAAGAAGACUCUUCCGAGGACGGUUUCACGUCGUUGCACUUGGCAGCUUGCUCUGGUCACGCUGAAGCCGUGACAUUACUUUUGGAAAAGUAUGAAGAUGUGGAGAAUGCUGUCAAGGCCAAAGAUAAGCUGUUUGGAAGGAACGUCCUGCAUUUUGCUAUUGCCGGAGGACAUGCCGACGUCGUCCGGGUGCUGUUCGACUCCAAAGUUCCACUGGAUCUUGUCUCGAAAGACAGAGCGAGGGGCUGGACGCCAUUUCUCCUGUCUGCCUGGCAGCGUCCCCUUUUUCACGCAACGAUGAAGAGGUUUAAUAUCAACAUCAUGGACAAGUUGCUGGAAGUGAGCUCCCGUCAGAUCAAUGAACAGGUUGGGGGUUUGGCAAUUGAAUUUGUCUAUCCUGAACUUUAUAUUCAGGAAGUUAAAAGUUUAGCGUCUACCGCUCUCACAGAAGCGGUAAACGCUAUACGGAUGUCAAAGUUCUUCAAAACGCAUAAGAGUCUCCUCCUGCAGAAUUCAAAGUAUGGGACGUUGGAUGGGAGUGUGAAACGCAUUUCAGUAAAAGAUAACGAGGUUUUCGAGAAUCAAUGGGACAAGUAUCAAAAGUUCAAGGUUCCUAUGGAUGGGCACGCUGCAUUGCAUCUGGCUGCCACUCAGAACAAUCAUGAGCUUGUGAAAUACCUUAUCCAGCGUGAGGGUAUACAACUGAAUGUAGGCGAAAGACUAUUUGGUAUGACUCCUCUCCAUUGCACGAUCAGAACGGGAGCUAUGGAGGCUUUCAAAGUGCUGAUCUCACUUAAAGACGUGGAUGUUAACGCCAAAGUGGUGACGGGAGGUAAGUGCCAUCUUCCAUCCUGGCUGUCACAAAAUUCGACUUCGAGCGAAAAAAAAGGUCGUGAGCUUGAUUUCGCGAAAAAGUUCCAAAGGUUUGACACUCCACUGCAUUUGGCCACUCGCAUGUGUAAAGCCUCCGAUCUUCUGGAGAUGCUGGUUGAAUUCGGUAGUCACCCCAAUUUUGAUCCGGCCACUUACAACUACCGUAGGGAAGUUCCAUUACAUAUCGUAUGGGAAAGAUGGAAGGCAGUUCAAGAUUCUGUCAACACAUUUCUGGUGGCGGCCACUUUCAUCGCAGGCGUGACCUUCGCCGCAUACCUGCAGCCUCCGUUCGGCACGGAGGUAGGAGACUUCAAAAGCAGGCCGGUGAGAUUGUUUUGGAUUUGUAACAGCGUAUCCUUCUAUUUUGCUGUCUACACGAUACUCCGCUGCCUGAUGUGGAUUAUCCGUGGAGAAAGGCGCUCAGACCUCUCCUGGGAAAAGACCGAAUUUCUUUUUCUAAUUCGGUUACAGAACGGUUUCCCUCUCACGGUGAGUGUAGGCUUCGGAGUCGGAGCAUUUGCGGCAGCAGGGUUUGGGAACUUGCCGCCAGACAGUCAGCUCUUGAUGCUGGCUUGCACCAUCAGCGGUGUUGUUCUCGUUGGAAUUCAGCUUCUGACAAAUGUGUACGUAUUGUACAGUUCCAACGAGCAGUAGGCAAGAUUAGUUUACAGAGUACGUUGGAUCCUUGGAGGACCGCUGUCACUUGUUUAUCUGUGGCUUCCGGAGAAUGGUAAAAACAGUAAGAAGCUUUCUUGCGUACCUUUCAAGCGGUAUGUUAGUUAUCAUCUACUUUUCCUAGUUCUACAAGCGUAUGGAUUAGUAGCAGUGUUAGUCUAUUCUUUCACAGAAAUAUUUUAAGUUGACAGAUCUUCCCGUCAGGAGAAGAAGACUUAAUUGAUAGGACUUAAUUGACAAUUGAUACCUUUUUAGGUCUGUUACUGUAAGUGUCAAAGUUUACUUCCAAACCUGCUUUUCUUGAUAGCCUUUUGCUAAGAUUAAUUCUCUAUUCACAGUAUGAACUGCAUGCACGAACUCGUAUGGAAACAUGGGUGACGGUAAGCUGAAAUGCCCCCUCAUCGAGUAAAAUGAAUCCUCAGAGGUCUCCGUAAGUGUUUUAUGUUCUGGAGGUCCCAUCAAGUAAUUUUCUCAUUGGUUAGAUAUCUUUUUACAAUACUAAAAAACUUCUUUAAAAAA